CCUCCUCUUUCUUUCUCUCUAAAACAAUACUCUGUUUCGAGGGUUUCAGAUUGAAAAUAGCUAUUCAAAGCUGGAGCUGUUCAUUAAUGUCGAUUCCCAUCAUCAAGAUGAUUGGAGCUAAUAGUAGCAGUAAGAAGAGGAAGAUGAAAUCAGCAAAGUAUUACGGAUUACAGAAUUUUCUUCAGCCUGGUUGUCCGAUCUCUCUGUCUGGUUCGUUUCGAGACAAUGUCAGGAGAUUUCUUCAAGAAUGUGGUCAGCCUGAGGAUUACAAAGUUGAAGGAAUGCCGAUAUGGUGCACCUUUCUCGUUCAUGAAAAUCGGGGUUUUGUGCUUCCGUUGUAUACUUUUGAAGAAUGUGUUAACAACUCUCUUCAACCACUCUGCGAUCACUGCCGAUGCUCAGGUUGGAGUCACCAUUUUGUCUCAAAGCGAAAGUAUCAUUUCAUCAUCCCUAUUGACAACGAAUGGAACAAACCAAUCAAAGAUGGUGUUCUUGAUCUUCAAACUCACAUUUUACACGGUUUAAUCCACUGCAAUGGAUUCGGUCACCUUCUAUGCAUCAAUGGCAUCGAAGGUGGGUCCAAUUUCAUAUGUGGCAGAGAAGUCAUGGAUCUUUGGGAUCGUAUCUGCACCACUCUUCACACCAGGAAAAUAAGCGUUGUGGAUGUCUCAAAGAAGAGAAAAAUGGACCUCAGGCUACUUUACGGGAUAUCAUAUGGACACACCUGGUUUGGUAGAUGGGACUACAAAUUCUGCCAUGGAAGCUUUGGAGUUACAAAGGAAAAAUACGAACAAGCACUUCAAAUUCUAAGCACUCUUGAACUCAACAACAUAAUUCAAGAUUUGAAAAACUGUUCAAUCAAGAAAACGAUCUCCCGAUAUCGCGAUUUAAGCGAAACCCAAUUGGCAACAAUCCGUGACCUCUUCCGAUUCAUGAUAUCACUCAAAUUCAGAACCCCACAAAUCAAAGACUCAAAACCAAAACCAAGAUUGACUUCAAUCAACAAGUCUACAAUGAAGGAGAAACAAGCAAGGUGUAGAAAGUUCUCCAAUUUGGCUGCAAAAUUAGAUAGCAGAUGGCACGUGAGACGCCUCGAACACGUUGCUAAAGUGGUAGUCGAUGCUUUAAAAGAAAAGAAAUCCGAAAACCGGAAUGGAAUGAGUAGACAGGAGGUCCGGGAUACAGCUAGGCAACACAUCGGUGACACGGGUUUGAUCGAUUACGUCUUGAAAUCGAUGAAUAACGUGAUUGUAGGCGGUUACGUGGUCCGGCGUGCGGUCAAUUCCACCACUGGUGUACUCGAGUAUUCACUUCAAGACACACUCGAAAACAUAACUCAAGAACCGGAGGAGACUGACCGAGUUGACUCGGUGAUUCCGAAGUAUAAAUCCGGUUCCGGGAGUGACGUGUAUAGAGAUCUCACGUUUCUGUAUUACCACCUUUUGUUGAAUUCCGAUUCCGAUGUUGUUGUGUUUGCGGUGAGGACUGUUCUCGACAGUAAAAAUUUCAGUAAAGAGUGGCCGUUUCAUGAUGAUGCCGACGAGUAUUUACGGUUUAUCUGUAAAGUGAUUCCGUUAGUGACAACGGAAUUGAACUUGGAAACGGGAUUAUACAAAAGGAAGAAUUCGGUCGGGGAGGAAUUGGUGGUUCCGCUGCAUGCCACCGUUCAUGAACUGAAAGCCGCUGCGGAGGCCGCCAUGCGGGACACUUAUUGCAUCAUGGAAAAUCUGAAGGUGAGGGAGAUUGUGGAAUUGGAAGGUGUAGAUGAUGACGAGGUGAUAUUUGGGGCGUUGGAAUCAGGUUCGGAGAUUUCGGUUCGUGGUUCCGGAGUUGACUUGUUGACUACGAGUGAUUUGAACUAUGAAGGUGGGGCGGAUAAUUGGGUGGUGAACUGUAAAUGUGGUGCUAGGGAUGAUGAUGGUGAAAGGAUGGUGGCGUGUGAUCUUUGUGAGGUGUGGCAGCAUACCCGGUGCAGCGGAAUUGACGAUUCCGAAGUUGUCCCGCCACUUUUUAUGUGUUACAAAUGUUGCGAUUCCAUUGGUCCACACAUGAAGCAUGAUGGGACAGGUUUUACCGACUGGAUGAUGAUGCCUGUUGUUACGAAUGCACAUAGCAAUUUGUUUUACUAG